AUGGACACAAGCAAGAAGCUAGCUGAAAUAAACUCCAAGAUCGAGAAUCUCAACACAAGGGUUUACUCUCUGGAGAAUCAUGCUUCUUCUGUUGCUGCUGCUACAAAGCAAGGACAACUACCUGGUAAAGCUAUUCAGAACCCCAAGGAACAGUGCAAGGUCAUCUUCACUCAAGAAGGACUUGUUGAAGAAGAGGAUCAAGAAAGGGUCAUUGAAGAUUUUUGUUUACUGCUGAAUGAUGAUGAGAUUGUUGCUGCUGAGGCUCCUGGAGUCCAGAUUGAUCAACCAGAAGUGCAGGCACCUACUGUGGCCAUUCACACUUCACCAGUUGAGCUCGCACAACAAGCUCGAUCGGCAGCUCGAUCGAGUCGAACUCUAGCUCGAUCGAGUCCGACCUCUUCUGUCCAAAACCAAUUUUGCUUGAUCCUUACCAACCGGUUGACACUUCCUCGUCUCGCCUACUUAGUCAAGGCACAAGGAAGUGAUUCACAAGUUCAGAAGAGAUCUCAGUGGGAUUGGAAUUGA